CUCUGACCAGCUGCUGUCCUCGGAGAGCAGGCGACUUCCACUUCCCUCUUGCCGCCAUCUCCUGGGGCCACCCGGGGCGACUCAGAAGGCAGCCACAGGGCCCGUCCCCCAUGGGAGGACUGGCCGGCCUGGGGUUAACCAGAACCAUCAGGAAGUGCACAGGCUCCCCUCCCGGCUCCACGGCCCCGCCCUCCCUCACCUCGCAGCAGCCAGCAGCACCUCCUACCACUCCAGGCUGACCGGCGACCAGCUACACAGGUGCCCCGGGAGGACCCUGAGGCUGGCUGGCUGAGAGCAGCGGGAAGUUAGACCCCUCAGCAAACCAGACCCGCUGCCACCCGCAUCUCUAGGAGUGCGGUCUAGGUCCUCUGGGCUGGAAACCGCUCCUGUUCAGGUUGAAGGCUCCGUUUGAGGUGGCCGGUCAGGGUCUCUAUCCCCACUGCCGGGACAAGGCACGACCACGUGGCUGCUCCCAGCUCAGCCCAGCCCUGGAGAAAGUGGCUUCCUGCCCACUGGUGGAAGAGACCGGCAGUGAGUGGUUCCUAUGUAGAGGGUUCCCAGGCGGAGAGCUGGCAUGACAGUCCCCCAGAGUGUGGCCAAGAGCAGGCCUCACCUGGGAGGUGGAGAGGAUCCCAGGGAUGGCUGGUGGCCAGGACUUGAGAGCCUGGAUGAGGCGUGGAGCCGCAUCCCGGGCCAGCCAUGGGCAACACAGUCCGCCCUCCAGUGUGCCGGGGCCCUGGCACUCCUGUGGGCCGUCCACAGUCAGCUGUCCCAAAGGGCACCGUGUCGCUGAGCCUGACCUGGAGCAGGCUGGCCCCCGCAGCAGCUGGAUGACCGUUGCAUCACCAGCAGCCGCCGGAAGGAGAGGAGGGGACGGGACUGGAUGUGAGCAGGCACUGUCGGGGAAUGAGGAAGUCCCCAGCAGCACAGCCUGGUGCCUGGCAGGUGGCAGGGUCCCAGGCCAACCAGCUUCUGGCCCCAGCUGGGGCAUUGGCCAGCUGGGGGCUGGAGCCGGGGUUCCACCCACACCUGCCAGGGUGGCUGUACCAGCUCCUCCCGACCCCUCACCUCCAUGGGUGGAAGGGAGCCCCACAACACUUCAGGGGGUUUGGGGGGGCAGAGGCCAGAGGAGGGCCACAGUGCAGGGAAGAGUGUUCUCUUAGAUGCCACCUGUCCCUGGAGCAUCCCCACAUCCUCCUCCAUGCUUACUGGGGUGACUGGGGAGAAAGAAAGCCCAGGACCGGAGCCCUGGCAGGCAUCAAGGCGGCAGGCCUGGGUCAGGACUCAGACUGCGGCAAGCAUUCCCCGACCGCCCCCAGCAGCCAUGUCCGACUACGAGAACGAGGACGAGUGCUGGAGCACCCUGGAAGGCUUCCGCGUAAAGCUCAUCGCGGUCAUCGACCCCGCCCGCAUCACCCCCUACCUGCGGCAGUGCAAGGUCCUGAACCCUGAUGAUGAGGAGCAGGUGCUCAGCGACCCCAACCUGGUCAUCCGCAAGCGGAAAGUGGGUGUGCUCCUGGACAUCCUGCAGCGGACUGGCCACAAGGGCUAUGUGGCCUUCCUUGAGAGCCUGGAGCUGUACUACCCACAGCUCUACAAGAAGGUCACAGGCAAGGAGCCCACCCGCGUCUUCUCCAUGAUCAUCGAUGCGUCCGGGGAGUCGGGCCUGAUGCAGCUGCUGAUGAGCGAGGUGAUGAAGCUGCAGAAGAAGGUGCAGGACCUGACGGUGCUGCUGAGCUCCAAGGACGACCUGAUCAAGGAGCUGCGGGUGAAGGACAGCCUGCUGCGCAAGCACCAGGAGCGCGUGCAGCGGCUCAAGGAGGCUUGCGAGGCGGGCAGCCGCGAGCUCCAGCGCUGCAAGGAGGACAACUACGACCUGGCCAUGCGCCUGGCCCGCCAGAGCGAGGAGAGGGGCGCCGCGCUCAUGCGGAACCGUGACCUGCAGCUGGAGAUCGACCGGCUCAAGCACAGCCUCAUGAAGGCAGAGGACGACUGCUCGGUGGAACGCAAGCACACGCUGAAGCUCAGGCACGCCAUGGAGCAGCGGCCCAGCCAGGAGCUGCUGUGGGAGCUGCAGCAGGAGAAGGCGCUGCUGCAGGCGCGGGUGCAGGGGCUGGAGGCCUCUGUGCAGGAAGGGAAGCCGGACAAGAGCAGCCCCUACAUCCAGGUGCUGGAGGAGGACUGGCGGCAGGCGCUGCGGGACCACCAGGAGCAGACCAGCACCAUCUUCUCCCUGCGCAAGGAUCUGCGCCAGGCCGAGGCCCUGCGUGCCCGGUGCAUGGAGGAGAAGGAAAUGUUCGAGCUGCAGUGCUUGGCCCUGCGGAAGGACUCCAAGAUGUACAAGGAUCGCAUCGAGGCCAUCCUGCAGCAGAUGGAGGAGGUCGCCAUCGAGCGGGACCAGGCCAUCGCGAGGCAGGAGGAGCUGCACGCACAGCAAGCCCGCAACCUGCAGGAGAAGGAUGCGCUGCGGAAGCAGGUCCGCGAGCUGAGCGAGAAGGCAGACGAGCUGCAGCUGCAGCUGUUCCAGCGCGAGGGCCAGCUGCUGGCCGCGGAGGGCAGGCUCAGGCGGCAGCAGCUGGAGACGUCCGUCUUGAGCUCCGACCUGGAGGACAGCUCACCCAGGAACUCCCAGGAGCUCUCGCCCCCCCGCGACCUGGAGGAGAACGCCCAGCUCUCAGACAAAGGUGGCCAGGCCAUUGGGGAGAGCCUGGAGCAGCCCUCUGUGGCUCUGCAGAAGGAGCGGCUUUCACUGACCCCCGACGAUGCAGGCCUGAGCAGCAGGGAGCCCCCAGAGAAGGAGAAGGGGCGGCGGCGCCUCAAAGAGAGCUUCGAGAACUACCGCAGGAAGCGGGCCCUCAGAAAGGUGCAGCACGGCUCCAGGCAGGGAGAGGUGGACUGGGAGAACACCACGGGCAGCGACAACACUGACACCGAGGGCUCCUAGUCGGCGCCUUAGUCCAGCGGCCCGUCGUGGGAGGAGGACAUGGCGCCGCCCCGGGACCUGGGCGCUGCCCCUCUAGGCCGCCUCUUUGUUGGCGAGCACAGGCGUGCUCUAUUGCUAUGUAAUGUACACGCAUGCUACAGUGUUAAAAACGCAGCCGUCAAUAAACAACCGUGGUCCAGA